AUGCACUACAAGGAUGAGGACGGGGACCUGAUCGCUUUUUCCACCGACGAGGAGCUGGAGCUGGCGAUGCCCUAUGUGCGGGAUGGCGUGUUCCGUGUUUAUAUCAAAGAGAAGAAGGAGUGCAAGCGGGAGCACCGCUCGCAGUGCAGCCAGGAGCCCCCUCGCAACAUGGUGCACCCCAAUGUCAUCUGUGAUGGCUGUGAGGGACCCGUGGUGGGGACCAGGUUCAAGUGCAGUGUCUGUCCAGACUAUGACCUGUGCAGCACCUGUGAGGGGAAAGGCAUCCACAAGGAGCACAACAUGGUGAUGUUCCAAAGCCCACUGCUUAAUCCAUUUGAGUGGCUUCCCCGAGGACGCUGGCUCCGUAAAAUGCGCCAUGGUGUUCCACCCUUCCCAUGGAUGCACUGCUGGGGGUAUCCUGGGCCUGCAGGUCCCUGCCAGAACUCGGAGCAAACCGAAGCCACUGCUGCAGCCCCCAGUGCACCUGCUGCAGAAGAAGCUUCUACUAACAGCCAGCCUCAGGACCCCAAUGUCACCUUCCUAAAGAAUGUUGGGGAGAGUGUUGCAGCUUUUCUGAGCCCCCUGGGUAUUAAAGUUGAUAUUGAUGUGGAACAUGGAGGACAGAGAAGCAAAGUGACUCCCACUUCUGCCAACCAAGAGAAGACCAAUGCUGAGGCAACCAGCAGUGCUUCAACCCAGAAUGUUCAGACCACAGCAGAUUGGAGUAACACAGAGUCUGCUACCCAAAUGAAUGUCCUUGCAGAACAGAUACAGGACAUGGUGGUAGAUCCUGUGCCCACACAAAUGGAAGAUGGCAGCUUCCACUCCCAGGAACACAGUGAAUCUAGCAGCUCAUCAGGGGGUGAGGAGGACUGGACCCACUUAUCAUCCAAAGAAGUGGAUCCUUCCACGGGUGAACUGCAGUCUCUGCAAAUGCCAGACACAGACGGUCCCAGCUCCCUGAAUGUGCCUCAGGAUCCUCCCCAGCCAGGACCUACAGGGCUGCGAGAAGCUGCUCUCUACCCACACCUCCCCCCAGAAGCUGACCCUCGCCUCAUUGAGUCCCUGUCCCAGAUGCUCUCCAUGGGCUUCUCCGAUGAGGGUGGAUGGCUCACUCGGCUCCUGCAGACCAAGAACUGCGACAUUGGGGCAGCACUAGAUGCCAUCCAGUACUCUAAGCAGCCACCUCACUUGUAGUAGUAACAAAAAGCACUUUUCUAGCUGAAAGCAGAAAUUGCAGCAUGAGUUAUUAUGGUUCAUCAUUCUUCCUACUCUGGGUUUCUGUCUCAUGUUCUUAAGUGCUUGUAGAAUGGAGGAAAAAUAAAUACUACUGCAUGU